CGCGAGCUUGCUGCCUUUCUUCCUUCGGCAUCAUCUUUUGUGCCGUUCCCGCGUGUUCUCCAUUUUCGGUGUCCAGAGUCGAUGGAGGGUAGAGGAAGAAAGGGACGGAUAGAGAGGAUUCCGACGAGUUCCGUACAAUUGUCAGUGGAUUGUCUUUCUGCUCGACGCUGGAGGUGCAGUCGGUCAUCUGGGAUGAUCUUUGUCAGGUUUCCUGGUGGAUGGGUUUCUUGGUCCUGUGCAGCGCUGUGAGUUAGGGUUCCUUUUUCCGCGUUUCCUUUUUGAUGUGUGAAGUAGAACCGUCGCGUGAAUUAUGUUUACUAGGUUGUGAAUUUAGUGAAUGGAUGAUGAGUUCGUCGACACUAAGGGUUUCCCGGAGGCGAAUUGCAGCGCGGGGGAGUUGGUUUCUUACCUGAAGGGGUCUUUCCUGAGGACGGAUUUCGAGAAGGCCGCGAAUAUACUGAAGAUGAGAGAGGAAGAUUCGGGGAAGAAGGAAGCAUCCCUGAAGGCAGAGCUACGGAAGGUUGCGGAGGAAUCGAAGUUGAAGGAUGAGCGGAUUAGGGAACUUGAGGAAAAGAACGAAGAGGCAGCGAGACGGGAGAAGGAGCGCGAGCGGGAAUUGCAGAGUCUUUUUGUGAGGAACAGGGAGUUGGAGGAUGAGUGUGGGAAGUGGGAGUUGGAGUGCACCUUUCUGAGGGAAGAGGAGUGGAAGGCGCGGAUAGAAAUCGACACGUUGAUGAAGAAGGAGGAAGAAGCGGCGGUCCGAUUUGGGGAACUUGAAAGGGCGUUUGCCGAGUUGGACGGCGAGAAGCGGAUGGUCGAGGAGGAGCUGGAGGAUUGGAAGAGGAAAUGCAACAAGUUGGAGGAAGAUUUUCCAGUGGUUCAUGGGGAGGUGGAGAAGAUGAAGGAACAGAUUAAGGGGUUGUUAGAGGAGCUCGGGAAGAAAAGAGAGCCGAGCAAACAUUAUAGGGAAGCUGAAUUGAAGUUUGACGAGGUUGACAGCACGAAUCAGCAGCCUCCCCUCCUAAGCCCUGCCGCCAAGAUCGACAGAUCAAGCAACCGUCAACCUUGUGCACCAAACCUUGUCCCCAAGGCAGAAACCCCUAUAGACCGUCUAAUAAUUGACAAGAAGCACUCUACUGUGGCAGGAGGGCCACACAAACUUGUCAUAGAUAUAAGUGACAGUGACGAAGAAGUGGAUGCCUCACCCGCACCACUGCUUACAAGCGCCAGUAGAAAGAGUGGUACUCUGAAUAUUUCUUCCGAUAAUAUGGUGAAGUCUCUCCUUCAGGGACCUCCUACCAAUUUGACAGAAAAAACGCCAAACUCGAGCUUGAAAAUUCCAACGAGUGAAACAAGAGUAGUUGCUUCGCAUAGCAAUAUUAGCUCAAGUACUGAGCGUCGUAUUCUGUCUCCUAAGAUAAAGCUGCUCUCUGAAGUGGUAGCUGUGGAUGAUAAUGGUGAAGGUACCCGUCGCGUAACAGGUCGUGCGGCAAAGACUUGUGGCCUAGGUGACUUGGUGCAGACUUCGCAACUAACUUCUUCCAGUCUGACAGAAACAACCUCAAAGAUGAGUUCAAAUGACAAAAAUUACAGUAUUGAAGUGAAAAAAAAUGUGGGCCCGGGUGAAGAGGACGACCGUAUUCUGUCACCCAAGAGAAGGCGUCUUUCUAAGGUUAUAAGUGACGGCGAGAGUGAUGAGGACGAAGACAACCGGAACUCUACGCGUAGAACAAAGAAGCUAUUGGUGGAUCUGCUUGCAGGCAAUGAGCAUGGUAAAUUGAAUGCUGAUCCUGCAGCUCUUGUUGAUGGCCAGCGGCUAGUUGACACUCCUCAAAACGAAGAUUCUGUUCAGACCAGUCUUUUGUUGAUGGAGGUUGAUACUGCUGGAUGCAGUGAAGAGAUCAGUACUUUUAAAAGCCCAGUGACUCCUACAAGAAAGCGCAUUCAUCUAUUACGAGAACUAGAGAAAAUGAGGGACACAAGAGAGAUCUCUUCAGUUGUUCCUGCAGAUGAAGGUGACGCCAACGAUGUGAAGAGCACAUUAUCUAGAGCUGCUGGUGAAUUUAUUCCUGAAAAUCUACACAAUGAAAACCAUGCCAUCGAGAGCAGUGAAAGCGAAAGUCUGGGUGGAUUUAUCGUAAACGGGGCUGGUGAAUCAGAAGCUGAGUCUAGUUCUUCAGAUUCAUCAGCUUGUGGAGCUGAUGAUGGUUCCAUUUCUCAGGACUCACUCACCCACAUCUUAGGGAGAAUCCAGAAGAAGAAAGGUUCAGAAAAUUGGGAAUUUGAGGCUGAUAUGCUUGCUUCAUUUCAGAGGGAUGAUGAGCUUUGCAUGAAGGCUGUUUGUGCUCUUUAUAGGCAGCAAACGUCUGAAGAGAAAGCAGGCAAGGCUUCACUAUAUCACAACCGCCGGGGAUUUAAUAAGUUUGAUGCAUUGAGGGGAUCUGAACUAGCAGAAUUUCUGACUGACGGCGAUCCAUUUGGUCCACUGAAGAAGUCUGCAAAAGAAUUGGAGAGGCACAAGCCUGAGGGGGUUGAGUACUGCCGAGAACUGGCUAUGCGUUACUCCAAGCAGUUGUUUGAGAUAUAUCAGAAGCGGGAAGAUCCCUUAUUUUGCCCAUCAUCCUGAGUUUGGGCUUGGAGCGAGCUAUUCAUGACCUUUCAAUAUAACUAAUCGGAAAUUAAAGUCUGGCCAGCUGAGAUCAAGGGUCUUUCCGCGGCUGCCAACUGCACUCAGAAUCCGGCAUAAUUUUAUCGUGAGCAGCGUUGUAAAUAACAUCUGGACGGUAUGGUUUGCUCAUAGGUAUUUUUUUAUCGGGUUGAUGCAUAUGUGUCGGCCAGUAUUGCCCUAGUUUUCAAUUAUUUUUAAAUUUUAAAAGUGAAUGUAAUAUAUUCUAAAUUAAUUUUGGAAAAAUAUAAAAUAUAUAAACAUGCCCUGUAUCGUAUUCCAAAGGGAAUGAUACGUUCUGA